AUGCCUCACGCGCAGGGAGAUCAGACUGACGCCCAGCGGGUGGCUCAGGCCACUGUCAUCUACUUGGAAUGUCUGUUUAGUAUCAUGGUCGUAAGUUUCCGCUCAGAGCAUUGGCGCUGCGCCGCGUGCUGACACGAUUCGAGCCCUCCCCUUCGACCAUCAGUGGGACUGGCUGGCGAGCCUGCCUACAGAGUGGCACCUGGUCUGGUCGCCAGUCAUCAGAAGUCUGAAAGCAACGGAAAAGGAUGCCGCCUUUCGAGCACCACUCGAGGUCAAAUUACUCAGGAGCGCAACGCUACUGUGCUUUGUCGUGGUGCGCUACCUUGCUCUGAUCGAGUUCGCGCUCUUCGUCUGGGCAGUCAACGUCGUCUGGACCUACGAUGAAUGCGCACGCAUCCAGCAUUUCUUCCCUUACGCUAGUGGACUAGUGGCACUGGCUGCGAACGGCAUCAUGUGCCUCCGCGUCAUGGCCAUCUGGAGUCGAGACAGGCUCGUUUCUAUGUCGCUUGGAGGCAUGCUCCUCGUCGUUAUCGCCCUCGUCCUUUGGGGCUGUCAAUGUGAGCUACAAUCGCGUCUCAGAGUAUGCGAUUGGCGGUAUCGCUAAUGAUUUUACUCUGUUCUGUUCCAGACACAUCGCCACCCGAAGGCAUCACCGCGUGCAUACCAACGCCGACAUCUACUCAUCUCAAUGUCCUCUAUCUCGCGCCAAUGGUCUACGACUUUAUCAUCUUGGUUCUCACCCUGACGCGGGCCAUCAUGCUCAACCGAUCUGGUCUCAUCGGGCCACUGCUCCGCACUAUCGUCAGAGAUGGCAUUCUAUACUUUUUUGCGGGUGCGUCGCUUCGCGCUGAUCUUGGUCAUUCUGCUUUGCAACCGCUCACCUGUCUCUCUUCGUUCAUCUGUAGUCUUCACUUGUAACCUUCUUGCCGUUGCUUUCGAAUUACAGACGGCGCAACCCUUGCUUCGACCCGUCAAUGCAUCCCUCGCAACCAUUGGAACCGUGAGUCGUUUGACCUCAUUUUGCCAAUGUUCGGACGCGGCACUAAUGAUCGCCACAUGGCCAAUAAACACGCACACUGCCUUGCAGUCCAUCUUCUGUUCCAAGAUUUUCUUCGCCCUCAAGCGCGCCACCAACGCGCAGACGAAGCGAAAUCAAAGCGAAAGUCUGCCCGGCUCUGGCCCCUACCCGCUCAAUGUAGUUCCGGUGAAUACCUCGUCAUAUUGGGCGCACAGCCCUUCAGAUCAAAAGCCAGUAAGGCAGAAUUCGUUUGCAAGCGAGAACUACGCGCUUCGCCAGGACGCCUUUGAUCUCUCUUCAAGAAUCGAAGACCAGCACAUUCGGUCCGCGCCUCAAGCUCGACGCAGAGACGCUUUGCCCAGACCGGCCACGGUCCAGCGAAGGCAAGAUGUGGACGGGGUGGUGCAUCGGGCUCCUUUCACAAACUCGACGACACCUGAACGCGUCACCUUCGACGGCCACAAUAGAGCUCACAGCGUUCCGCCAGCUGCUAUCACCUCGAGCGAUGACGAAUACUACUCGUCUGGCGUGCGCGUCGACACGGAAAGAGUCGAAGUGGUUACGUGAGUCCAGUUCAAUGCGCGUCGUGGAAGCAGACGCUGACGAUUUGCUGUAUUGUGCAUCUUCUCAGAGCUUCGAGUGGCGGUGAAAUCGCGCGAGAGCGUUCCGUUUCGCCUGGCAAUUCCUCGAUGCUUUAA